ACAAAAUCUCGAUGUGAACAGGAAGUAAAAGAAAAAUGUUACUCUCGAUUCUACUAAUACUUAGUGUUGCUGAUGUCAGCAGUGAAACGAUUACUACGACGAAUGUGGAUUAUUCUUCGGAUUAUGUGAUCAACAUCCAAACUGAUGACAAUCCUGAUCAUUUGUGUAAAGUCGACCGGAGGUUUUUAUCAAUAGCUUUCGGUAUCGGUCAGAUAAACAAAACUGUAAGUGGCUAUGAUAUUGACUCUGAUAAAUUACGUAACAUAAUGACGGCUCUCUCACCGAGCUAUGUACGCAUUGGAGGAACAAAAGCAAAUUUUUUGUACUUUGAACCAAGAAAGUCUGGCAGCGAAACUACACCGACCACAACAGCAACACCUGACGAUUUGACACCACCCAAGGUUGAAGGUACUCCUACCACUCCUAAAACAACAAUCACAACUACCCACGCGCAGUUGACUACAACUACAAAAAGGAAGAAGAAGAAACCAGUAAUUGAAGAUAACUUGCAGAUAACAACCACAACUCCCUCUCCUGUCAAAAAACCUGAAGGACCACCUCAAGAGGAAAACCAUCACGAGCAAAAUUUGGAAUUGUCAUCAAUGAAUAUAGGAGAAGAGGCUCCUACCACUCCUAAAACAACAAUCACAACUACCCACGCACAGUUGACUACAACUACAAAAAGGAAGAAGAAGAAACCAGUAAUUGAAGAUAACUUGCAGAUAACAACCACAACUCCCUCCCCUAUUGAAGAGCCUGAAGGACCACCUCAAAAGGAAGGCCAUCAUGAACAAGAUGUGGAAUUACCACCAAUGAAUAUAGGUGAAGAUGCUCCUACCACUCCUAAAACAACAAUCACAACUACCCACGCACAGUUGACUACAACUACAAAAAAAAAGAAGAAGAAACCAGUAACUGAAGAUAACUUGCAGAAAACAACCACAACUCCCCCUCCUGUCGAAGAACCAGAAGGACCACCCCAAGAGAAAGGCAAUCAUGAGCAAGAUGUGGAAUUGCCAUCAAUGAACACGGGAGAAAAUCCUGAUGAUGAAAGCAAUGAAGCGGAAACGGAGAACAAUGAGGCAGAAUCUCCAAAUGCUGCUGAGGACAGCGACGACGAAAAGAUGCCAUCAGAAGAUCUUUUCAAAGAAAAAAAGAUUACAAAUAAAAAGAUCCCUAGUAAAAAGAAAAAACACACAACUCCAAACCCACUCGCUACCUUAGCUAAAAAGAAAAAAACAAAGUCUAAUGAAAACAAGGUACCAAUUGAGGAUAUUUCACCAUUUCCUGUUGAAGAUAAACCAACUAGAAAACCAGCUACUGCACUGUCUUCAAGUCUAAGUAGUAAGAAAGUUACCCCGUCAAAAGAUACCAACACGAUUAACUUAGAACUUCCCAGGAAAAAGAAGAAAAAAAACAGAAAAAACAAAAAACAGAGCAAACCAAUAGAAGAAUUCAACUUGGACGAGCCUAUAUCGAGAAAGAAAAAACCAUCAACAUUAAAAACCACCGGACCAAAACCAGUUGGAAAAAAGAAGAAAGGACGGAAAUUAAACUCCGAUGCCUCAGAUGUUGAACUAAACGAAAGUGACAUGCAUGAUGAUGAUACUAAUGACAGCGUACCAAAUGGUGACACCACGUCAGAGAAUGACAUGUCAAACGAUGCUGACUCGAAUCUAAAUGAGCCUGAUAAUGAUAAGUCAAGUGACGGCGACGAUGACGAUGACUCAGUUGUGAUUGAUAAUGACGAAAUUAAUGAGAAUUCCGAUGAAAAUGACCCUUCUGAUAUAGACGUCAUGCCCCCUGUACCCAAAAAGAAGAAAACGAGUAACAAAAAACCAGAACUUUCAUUACCUGGGAAUAAACAAACUAAUCAGAAGACGACUUCCAUGCAGCCAUUCCCCAUAGAUGAUAAAAAAAAGCCUUCUACAACUGCUAACCCAAUGGACAGCAACAUCGACAUGACCUCUUCUCCAAGCCAACUCGAUUCAAAUACACCUGACCAAUUGAGCGGUCCUGAGUUUAUUUCCAGCGACUCUAUUGCAACGGAUGCGAAGCAAGUCGUUCCAUCUGUUAGUGCUAAUGACGUAACAGAUUAUAAACAGAAAAAAAAGAAAGCCAACAAAAAGAAAAAAUCGAAAAACAAUGCCAUAACGCCGGAAGACGAAGAGGCGGCUUUCCAGGAAAAAAAGAAAGAGAAAUUACGCGGUUACCGUAACUUUACUAUGACGGCUGAUUUUUUUGACAACUUGUACGGUCUGAUCGAUGACACCAAAAAUGAAAUGCUUUUUGAUAUCAACGCUUUUCCGCGAAAAGAUGGAAUGUGGGAUCCGAGUAAUGCUAUUGAAUUCUUCGAUUACGUUUCAAAGAGAAAUUACAAAGUGAAUUGGCAACUUGGCAACGAGCCGAAUCAUUACCAGAAACUUGGUGAGGGACAUAAAAGAACUGGUGAAGAGGUGGGGAAAGACUACGUAUUGUUUGCAGACAUCUUAUCGCAAUAUGGCAAUCCAAAAAUAGUUGGCCCUGAUACUACCCGACCGAAAAGAGAAGAUGGCCCGGUAAGUCAGUGGCUCACUGCUUUUCUUUCACAAGACGCAGAAAUAGAUGCGUUAUCCUGGCACCAAUAUUACGCCAAUGGGCGUACCGUCAAAGCUGAGGAAUUUCUGGAUCCUGAUUUACUAGACGAUUUUACCCGACAAUGUGCUAUAAUGAAGUCCAUAGCAAAGCGUGCCAAUUUCAACAAGCAGAUCUGGUUAACUGAGACAGGUAGUGCAUGGGGUGGUGGGGCAAAGAAUAUUUCGAAUCGAUACGUCGCUGGCUUCCCCUUCCUAGACAAGCUCGGUGUUGCAGCUAAGUUCUGUAUGAAAGUGGUGGCACGGCAAACCUUCCUGAGCGGGAGUUACGCCAUGGUGGAUUGGAAACAGAAUUAUACGCCGUUUCCUGAUUACUACUUGGCGGUUCUCUUUAAGCGAUUAGUUGGUCAAGCAGUGCUUCGAGUCACUGUUGAUUCCAAAUCUAACGAUCAAGAUUUGCCUGACGAUAGAUUUCGAGUAUAUGCGCAUUGCACACGAAAAUCGAGACGAAAUCCACCAGGUUCUAUCACAGUCUACAUACUCAAUUUGCAUAGUAACUCAAAAAAAUUCUCCUUUGGAAAUCUUGAGUUGCUGAAAGUGAAGCAAUACUUGUUAACAGCAGAUUCUCUCCAAUCUGACGUGGUCAAGUUGAAUGGCGUUCCAUUAAAAAUGAGUGGAAAUUCUCUUCCACGCAUGAAAAGCAAAAUGGUUGAACAACCCAUUCAUAUACCGGGACAAUCCUUUGGAUUUUUUGUUAUCGACACAGCAAUGGCAGCUGUAUGCGAGUAA